CGCGGCCGCGGGCAGUACCUCUACGACGAGCAGGGGGCCGAGUACCUCGACUGCGUCAACAACGUGGCUCAUGGUCAGUGUCGCGCCCCAGGCUGCGAUAUGUCCCCGGAUGACCCCGAGGUUGCAGCUGGGCCAAGCUGAGCCACCAGCCACGCACAAAGGAGGCCCGGGCUUUGCGAAGUAGCCGGAGAAGUCUCCAGAUCCCAGUAUAGUGCACACACUAUAUCUGGUCCCCGGGGCUGAUGUCGGGUUCAAGGGAGUGGAAGUAGCCUUUCGACCCUGUGAGGGAGGAAAGAGCAUCUGUGAUUUAGCAUGCAAACUGGCAGUGUGUGAAGUCACAGGUUUUAGUUCAUAUUCUUGGGUUCAGAUUCCUGCCCUCUAUUUAUCCACUUGCUGAUCAGAAAGAAUAACUUUCCUGGCCCUCACAUUGUUCAUCAGCAGGACAGAUUCGACACUAGGUGUAUCACGUGCCCAGGGGUGUUUUGUAUAGUGUGCCUGACUUACGACAAGGUCCCCAAACGUGUUCUGUCAUCAUCUGUGGCCUUGUCUAUCAGGGUCCCCUCCAGUCCUCCUGCCCAAGAGUCACCCUGACCUGUACCUCUGGAGAACAAUCUUGGGAAACUUUCCUAGAAACUGAGCUUUUUACCUGGGCUCCUGCCAGAGGAAUGUGUCUUCUGGAAUCUCAGGGAAUCCUUUCUAGAUCUUCCUUUGCUGAUUUCUUUCCACAUCUCCCUCCAUUCACUGACUACAUCUCUCCCGGGCGGCUCCGGGGAUUGGAACUGGGGGAGGCGUGGUGGGAUGGCUGAGCACCAUGGCCCACGUGACAGAGGGGACCCUCUUGCAGUUGGGCACUGCCACCCUCUUGUAGUCCAAGCUGCACACGAACAGAACCAGGAGCUGAACACCAACAGCCGAUACCUGCACGAUAACAUCGUGGACUACGCCCAGCGGCUGUCAGAGACCCUGCCUGAGCAGCUCUGUGUGUUUUACUUCCUGAAUUCUGGUGCUUAUCACGGUCACCUGAGCUCCCUGAUCGACAUCAGUCCCUACAAGUUCCGGGACCUGGACGGCCAGAAGGAGUGGGUCCAUGUGGCACCUCUCCCAGACACCUACCGAGGCCGCUACCGGGAAGACCACCCCACCCCAGCUGUGGCCUAUGCCAACGAGGUGGGUCGCGUGGUCAGCAGCGCACAGGAGAAGGGUCGGAAGAUCGCGGCCUUCUUCGCGGAGUCGCUGCCCAGCGUUGGUGGGCAGAUCAUUCCCCCUGCAGGGUACUUCUCCCUCGUGGCACAGCACAUCCGCGGGGCCGGAGCGGUCUUCGUGGCUGAUGAGAUCCAGGUUGGCUUCGGCCGGGUAGGCAAGCACUUCUGGGCCUUCCAGCUGCAGGGGGAGGACUUUGUCCCCGACAUUGUCACCAUGGGCAAGUCCAUCGGCAAUGGCCACCCUGUGGCCUGUGUGGCCACCACCCGAGCUGUGUCCCAGGCAUUCGAAACCACCGGUGUCGAGUAUUUCAACACGUUCGGGGGCAGCCCUGUGUCCUGCGCAGUAGGGCUGGCCGUCCUAGACGUUUUGGAGAAGGAACAACUUCAGGCACAUGCCAGCUGUGUGGGUAGCUUCCUGAUGGAGCUCCUCCAGCAGCAGAAAGAGAAGCACCCCAUCAUUGGGGACGUCAGGGGCGUGGGGCUCUUCAUUGGCGUGGAUCUGGUCAAAGACCAGGCCAAGAGGACUCCAGCAACGGAGGAGGCGGACUACUUGGUAUCCAGGCUAAAAGAGAACUACAUCCUGCUGAGCACCGAUGGCCCAGGGAGGAAUGUACUCAAGUUUAAGCCGCCCAUGUGCUUCAGCAAGGCCAACGCAGAGCAUGUGGUGGCAAAGCUCGAUGCCAUCCUGACAGGUAUGGAAGAGACGCUGAGAAGCUGUGAGACUCUGAGGCCUCAGGCCUGAAAUCAGCCCAGCCGCACAUCCAUGCUCCAGGUGGCUACUCGCUCAUUGCCCCCGCCCUGGCAGCUUGGCCUUGGAAGAUGCAGUUCAGGCUUUGGAGUCAGAGGGCCUGGGAUGGAAGCGCCUGGCACAGCUAUGCCUACCCUUGGCCCCACCCAGCCCCGGGACCUCAAGUCUCAAGUCAGCCACGGAGCCAAGCACAACCCAUCAUGCUGCUGCCCAGAGCACAAUGCCAACGCUCCCUCUGCGCUGGGGCCCCAAGCAGGAUGAAGGGCUCCUCGCUCCACGGAGCCACAGCAGCACAAGCACACAGCAGUCCCAGGAAAAUCACUCCCAGCUCCACCUCACUCUGCCCGCCCAGCCCGUGGCAGAUGCCAGCAGCUGCCCCAGACAGGCACAGAAGACGCUCUGCAGCCAGGGAGAGGACCCGUCUUCAUCCAGAGCCCGCUUACCUCCACCUCCGCCACCGCCGCUGCUACCUCGGUUUCCUCGGUUGCGGUUGCCACGGCCUCCCGAGCCAUACUGCUGCUGCUGAUAGACCUCUUUGGGCUGGGCCACCUUGAUUUCACACUGCGAGUCAAGGACAGCGGGUGAGGCCAUGGGCCAAGUCAGCACUUUCACUGGGACAAGCACUCAGCACCAGUGCAGGGGCAGGGCGCAUCUGGCCUGGAAGCUUCUGAAGGAACCACAACCAAGAACCUUUCCUGGAAGAAGGCACUAGACUAGGGUCAGACACCUCAGCCAAGACAGCAGCACACACCCAAGUCGGAGCAGAAGACGGACAGGCAGGCAGCACUCUGACCCGCCUGGGUCCCAAGAGGCGUCAGGCACCAUGAAGACAACCUUUCUCUCCCCAGAAGAAUCUCAGCCCACUCCAACUCCUAAGACAGCCCUCCACCUGACAGAUAAAGCAGGCACUCGAGGUGACAGGGCCACCCAAGCACCAGUGCCAGGCUUUGUUGGGGGUGACCCAAGUGUCUGUGUGCCCCAGUCUCUGCCCACUGGAGGGCGUCACGCUGGGGAUUUAAGUGCUUCUGCUUAAUAAACUACAGCCAUGUUUUCUCCUGUU